UUACAGCCAAAGCCUAAAAAGAAGAAGCCAGAAAAGAAAGUAGAAAAAAAGGCAGAAAAAGCAGAGGCCCCAAAGAAAUCAUCAGAUGGCGCACAAAAAGGACCAGGUGGAGAAAUGAUGUUUCCGAUAGCAAGAAUGAGGUUUGCUACAGUGAGUGAAUUUAGAGGUAAAGUUAUGGUGGGCAUUAGAGAAUUCUAUGAAAAAGAUGGUGAAAUGAGGCCAGGCAAAAAAGGAAUCUCAUUAUCCAUGGAACAGUGGCAAAAACUGAAAGAACAAAUAGAUGAUAUAGAUCAAGCUGUGAGAGACAUUUCAUAGGAACAUUUCAAAUUUGUCUCUGUAGUAGUUUCAUUGGUCAUUAUAUGUAGUUCUAGUUGUUGUCAUCUGUCAAAACAUUACUGUAAAUUUGAUGGAAAAUUAAAAAGUGUAAAUCAAAUAUAAAGUCAUAAUUAUUAGUUAAAUGAUUACAAAUAUUAAAGUGAAAAACUUAUUAUAUUACUUACAAAAAGCAGACGUUAAAUCAAUGUAAAAAUACAAUAAAAGCAAAUAUUGUUUAUCAAUAAAGAUAUUAAAUCUAA